AUGGCGACGCUCGAUUGUGUCGGAAAACUGUACCGAUGGGAUCCCCUGACCAAGCAGGCCACUGGUCCGCACGCAAUCUCAGCAUUUCAUCCGUUGCUUGUUGGCCGAAACAGAAGAUCAUGUCAAUAUGUGUUUGACGAUGCAUGUGUCUCCAACCAGCACCUUCGGAUAUACACGGUCAUAUACGAUCUCGAGAAUCCUUUGAACAUCGCUCCAUUGGUGUACGCACAGGACAUUUCCACGAACGGGACUUUCUGGAAUGGGCAGCGUAUUGACAGAAGGAACGGCGGUGCGGUCCUUCUUAGCGAUGGCGAUAUCCUUCGGCUGUCUUCAAAGACUUUUCUCGAGUUCAGAUCUGAAUACCAAUCCGCUAGACCACUGAACAAUACUCAAGAAAAGGAAAUCAAGGAGUUUUCAAAGGAGUAUUUAAUCUCAGAUCGCAUCUUAGGUGAAGGUGGCUUCGGCCAGGUUCGCAUGGCCGUUAACCUCGACACCACUAGUCAGGUUGCUUGUAAGAUUGUCAAUCUUUGCGCGGUUAAAGAGAUUCCUCCGAGAAGGGAAGACGACCAUGGUACAAAUCUAUUGGAAUUGCAGAAACGAGAGGUGGCUAUCCUGCAGAAGCUGUGCCAUCCCAAUAUCAUCGGGGUGGAGAAAGUGUUCAUGAUGGAAAGUUCAUUGUACAUUUUCGAAGAUCUCAUCACUGCCGGAGAUCUAUUCACAUUUGUUGAAUCGAAAGGCGGUAGUAUCACGGAUUUUGAGGCGGCUUCCGUAAUUCAGCAGAUCUUAAUAGCUGUAGACUACCUUCAUGAAAACAACAUUGUUCACCGGGACCUCAAACCAGAGAACAUUCUUAUGACUUCUCAUGGAGUCAAACGGCGGAUUGUGUUGGCGGACUUUGGUUGUGCUCAAGUCGUCUCCCCUGGAACCAAGCGAAUGUCGACAGUAGUCGGGACAUGGGAUUAUACGGCUCCGGAGAUUUACAAUCAGGUGAAAGCUGGCUAUACGAAGUCAGUCGAUCUGUGGUCAGUUGGCUGCAUCGCAGUUGUUUUACUGACUGGUACACCUCCAUUCCCCUACUCGGCUUCCAGUAAUAUUGAAUACAAUGAGCCUGGCGAUUUGAAUGAGAUGUUCAUGAAUCAUAGGUGGAGCGAGGCGAGUAAAAUGGCACAGAGCUUUGUUCUUUCUCUACUAGUUCUGGAUGAAAGAAAAAGAUUGACUGUCAAGCAAGCCUUGCAACAUCCCUGGUUUGUGAACGAACAAUAUCAAUCAAAAUUGAGACAGCUCUAUGAAGAGGCAAUUCGGGACUGGCAGCCUCGAAGUGAUAUUGUUCCCUCCAAUAGCGAGAACUGCUUUCAGUUUCUUCAUAAGGACUUGGACAAGGCCCCUGGAACUGCGCUCACGCCAACAAUGGAGCCUCACAAGUAUCGGAUCAUCAGAUCUGUAUCUGAGAAACGAAUUGCCAAUGAGACGGCGAGAAACGAUAAAUUUGUGGAAGCUAGUUAUCCCAGACGCGGACUAUACAUGCAUGAAAGAGCUACUCGCGACAAGAUAUGUGUUUAUCAAUUUUCAACGCCAUCCUCGAAUACCUGCCCCUCUUUCAGUCCACAGGCUUGGAAAACAACGCCUUCUAUUAGGAAACUUGCUUCCACGUCUAAUAAACCGGGCUUGAACCAACUAAAUUUCGACGUUGGUACUCCGAAGAGACCUAAAGCUGAGUUGACUACGGGACAUGAAUCAUGGGCAUACACCUCGGGAAAGCUGACUGGCAAGUUUCACAUGCCUGCUGGGAUAGCAGUAGUGGCCUCCAAGAGUAUCACGAGUAUUACAGGGGCUAAGAGGAGCUUUGAUGAAACACAUUCUCAAUCACCGGAGAUUGGCGAGGUCUACGAGGAGGUCGAGAACAAGAUCACUGGCAGAGUGCAACGUAUUCCAUAUCAGGAGAAGUGA